UGGUGAGGCAUGACAUGAAGUAAGCAAAGCUCACUUGGCUAGUCCAAUGGCACAGAGAUGAAGUAUGCUCCAAAGUUUGUGGCUAUCCUCCUAAUACAAUUCCUUUAAAUACCACACAUAACUCCUCCCCUCCAACCCCCUACUCUUUCGCCAAGAAAUACUACACCACACACACAUUUCUAACUUGUGAAUUGUGAUCGAUCGAUCAUUCGGUCGUGCUAGCUACCUCGUAAUUUCAUCAUCCCAAAUCUCCUUGCAAAACUCGUCUUCGUCGUCGUAUCAUCAUGGGGAAUUGCAUGGUGAUUCAAGAUAGGAACAGGGAGAUCAAGAUCAUGAGCAUGGACGUCGACGGCGAGAUCCUGAAGCUGCCGCCGCCGCCGCCACCCCUCAACGGCGUCUCCUCCGACGACGACGACGAGGCACUCCGGCCGGCGACGGCCGACAUGGCUGACGACCCACCCGGCGGCGCCGUCGUGAGGGUGAAGCUGGUGGUCAGAAAGCAGGAGCUGAAGAAGAUGCUGCUGCACAACGACGCCGCCGCCAUCUCCCUGAACGACAUGGUGUCUCUCAUGCAAAAACAAGCUGAAGCAGAUGAGCUGCUGCACCAGCAGGAGAGCUGCGGAUCAGUGUGGCAGCCUACCCUGCAGAGCAUACCUGAAGGCAGCGUUUUCUAGCUGCAUGCAGAACAAAGAAUGAUGCAUGCAUGAAUUUACCAUUUUGGAUCUCUUGAAUAAGUUUAUGUAUGUAUUCAUGGACAACAAGAGCAGUCCUAGCUUAUAUAUGUAUAUUAGAGAGAGAUAGAGGGGUAUAUAAUAGCUAGAUUGAUAAGGAAUUUUGAGGCAAGGAUUCUCUUUGUCUUUUCUUCUUGAUUAAACAUAUGCAUGUAAGAAGGGGUAAAGAUGGUCCUGGAAAUCAAGCAAGAUGAUAGUUUUAUCAUGCCUUCGUUCAUGCAUGAGAGAUUAUGACUAAAAACUCUUCAUUGUAUCUA